AUGACUGCUCGGGAGGCUUACAACAAGUCAUGGGACAUCAACGUCACUGGGCCUCAUGUCAUUACGACCACUUUCCUGCCGCUGCUGCUGAGGUCUUCUGACCCCAGACUCAUCUUCAACACCAGCGGCGUGUCGUCUUUGGCCAACGCUGCGGACUCCUCCCAUUUCACAUACAAGGUGCCCCCUGCUGGUGCGCCCAAGCCGGUUGGCACCAUCUCCUACAGAGCUGCGAAGGCUGGGUUGAACAUGGUCAUGCUCGAGUGGGUGAGGAUGUUGACGAACGAUGGGGUAAAGGUCUGGUGUGUUGCCCCUGGUUUCUUUGCGACGGAUAUUGGAGAGGGCAACCCGGAGGCGAUGAGGAAAAUGGGUGCUGGUGAUCCCGCUGGUGGUGGCAAGGCGCUCGUUGAUGUUGUUGAGGGAAAGAGAGACGCGGAUGUUGGCAAGGUCUGCAACAUGGCGGUAUACGGCACGCCUGUGCAGGCAUGGUAA